AUGCGCACAUUCUCGAGGAAACAGGCGUUUCCGCCUACACCCACGCCCUCUCCCCCCACGCCCACGAUCCCGCCCAUUCACACGUCCACGCACCUGCUCACACAGACCAACCCACACACCAACGCCUUUUCUCCACGCCCCUCAGCCGCAUCCAUAUCCCCUCCUGCACCGCCCACAAACCACGCCCCCUUUCCCCACGCCCAAGACACCGCCCACACACCACGCCUUCUCUCCCCACGCCCAAGACGCCGCCCACAGCACGCCUUCUCUCCCCACGCCCACAGCCCCGCCCACGCCCGCCCAAGCCCCCGAGUCCCUGCCGUCGCGAACGCCCGUGGCCGUCGGGCGGAGAAAUGUCACCUGGGAAGUUUCCUCAAGUAG